GCUGCGCUUGCGCAUUGGGCGGGCUACGCGUGCGCGGUGGGCGGAGCGCGCCUCUACCUUCUUUACCAGCCCAGGCUUUCCUAACCCUGCACAGCGCCGUGUGCCGCUCCUGUUUCAUUGCCCUGUCGCGCAGUGUCGCUGCCGCUGCGGAGUGGGCGUUCAGUUUUCGGGUCGUCAUGGCUGGCUACGAAUACGUGAGCCCAGAGCAGCUGGCGGGCUUUGACAAGUACAAGUACAGCGCUUUGGAUACCAACCCGCUCUCUCUGUAUAUCAUGCAUCCAUUUUGGAACACUAUAGUGAAGGUGUUUCCUACUUGGCUGGCUCCCAAUCUUAUAACCUUUUCUGGCUUUAUGCUGCUUGUGUUCAAUUUUCUACUCCUGACAUACUUCGACCCUGACUUCUAUGCUUCAGCACCCGGUCAUAAGCAUGUACCCGAUUGGGUCUGGAUUGUCGUGGGCAUCCUCAACUUUGUUGCCUACACUCUAGAUGGAGUAGAUGGAAAACAAGCACGGAGAACCAAUUCCAGCACCCCGUUGGGGGAGCUGUUUGACCAUGGCCUAGACAGUUGGUCGUGUGUUUACUUUGUUGUGACUGUGUACUCCAUCUUUGGACGAGGACCGACUGGUGUCAGUGUUUUUGUUCUUUAUCUCCUGCUAUGGGUAGUUUUGUUUUCUUUUAUCCUGUCUCACUGGGAGAAGUAUAACACAGGCGUUCUUUUCCUGCCAUGGGGAUAUGACAUUAGCCAAGUGACUAUUUCUUUUGUCUACAUAGUGACUGCUGUUGUGGGAGUUGAGGCCUGGUAUGAACCUUUCCUGUUUAAUUUCUUAUAUAGAGACCUAUUCACUGCAAUGAUUAUUGGGUGUGCAUUAUGUGUAACUCUUCCAAUGAGUUUAUUAAACUUUUUUAGAAGCUAUAAAAACAACACUCUGAAGCAUAAUUCUGUCUAUGAAGCCAUGGUCCCUUUCUUCUCUCCGUGUUUGCUCUUUACUCUGUGUACAGUGUGGAUCCUCUGGUCACCUUCAGAUAUUUUAGAAAUACACCCUAGGAUAUUCUACUUCAUGGUUGGAACAGCUUUUGCCAAUAUCACAUGUCAGCUAAUCGUUUGCCAGAUGAGCAGCACACGGUGCCCGACUUUGAACUGGUUGCUGCUUCCUCUCUUCUUGGUUGUGGCAACAGUGAUUGUAGGUGCAGCCACCUCCCGCCUUGAAAGUGUUCUCCUUUACACACUUACGGCCGCCUUCACUAUGGCUCACAUCCAUUAUGGAGUACAAGUGGUGAAGCAGCUGAGCCGACAUUUUCAGAUUUAUCCUUUUUCAUUGAGGAAACCAAACUCAGAUUGACUAGGAAUGGAAGAAAAGAAUAUCGGCCUGUAACCUUGAGAAAGCACUGUAAAUAGAUGCGUGUAAAUACUUCAUCCAUCACCAGUGAACUAAACGGAUCUGCUUGACAGACAUGGGGUCUCAGUGUGUGCUAUGUGGACAGCAAGAAGAAAUGUCAUCUCAGCUCGUGGAACUGUGGACUUUCUAACUCCCAGCUUACUUUAUUUUGUUUUGUUUUGUUCUUUUAUAGAACCAUGAGACAUUUGGUUAAGCACAGUAUACAUUAAACCAGCUAAAUGUUCAUGAGUCCAUGACGUUUUGACUCACAUGGAGUUGAAGAUGAUUUACUUUUAUGUUUAAGGUCCCCAGAUUGAUUCAGGAACACUAAUAGCAUUCAGACAGCCAUAGCAUGUCUUAAUAUUUGAUACUUUAUGGUACGUCUUUACCUGUGGGAAUAAUAGACAACCCAAGUGUAAUAUAGAAAAGCAUCAAAAAAGUCUCUUCAGCCAGAGAUACCAGUGACUCCAGAACAGGGUACAGUUGCCAAAUCCUGGUUGCUUUCCAGCGAACUGCCUUUCACACCUGCUGUGGAGGUGGUCUGCUGUCCUGGCUCUUAUUAUAGCUAAAUCCCAAUAAAUGGUCUAAUUUUCUUUUAGAGUGAAGUGCUCUGCUGUUACUUAGUAGGGAAUGAGUUAAAAUUAUAACGGGCUGUGUGGCAUAGCUCAUUGUCUAAUUGUGGCUGUUCCUCUAUCAGAUCAGCAGUGCAUUGCUAGGAUUGGGUGCCUGUGAGCUGUGAUGAUUUGAAGAAUACAUGUGGCAGUCCUAAUGUUGUGGGACUUCCAUGUGAGGAUAUAGAUAAAAUACCUUGUGAGAGGAAAUUUAAACUGGAGUUAGGAGUCUCAGAACUCCUCGUUGACCAGUUAGCACCCUGGCACUGUCUGUCCAGUUUUUCUUGCUUUCCUUGUCUCCUGGGGGUUAGCUGCUGUGGCUUUUAUUCUCACACAGGAUAAAGCAGAGAGAUAGUCUCUUUCCCCUAACUUGCCCACCUCCCUAUUAGAAGAAAACUUUUGAUAUAUAUGCCUUACUAAGUAUUUACUUCCCUUAAUAUGACUCAAAAUAAUUUUCGAGGUUUACUGACAACUUAAAAAAAUCCCUUUUGCUGUAUUGUGGUUAUUUUAUAAAUCAUACCUCUUUAUGAAUGUGGAGAUUUUUGUUUCCUUUGGACUUUGCCUUUGUUUAGUUUGGUGGUGGUGAAAUUUACUUGCUAAUUUUAUCUUCCACUGAAUGAGGUUUGUGCUUAAAUGAAGAGUGUGUCUUAAACCCUUUUUUUUGGACAGGUUGCACUUGGAUAAGACAGGCACCACUGUGUUAAUAUGUAAUUAAAUUCAUAACUGUUAUUUAUCUAUGAAUGUGACCAUCCUUAAAUGUUGUAGCUCAUUCCUUUGUUGAAUACCUGUCUGCUGCUUUGUAAAAAAAACAAAAACAAAAACAAAACCAUUGGUAUGUCACGUAAACAUUUUAAAAUUCUAAUCAUUGUCAUCCAGGCUGUUGAAAAUGAGUCCAGGAGCUAACGUACAGUUCUGGGCUCAGUUUUAAUUGUUUGUAAAGCUUACAUGUAUUUGGGGACAUUCUCUGAGAUGAAAAAUGAAAGCAAAAAUUGGUGAGAAGUUGAUGUGGAAAUGAAUAGUGAUUCUGUGUUCAUUGAUACAUUGCCAUCAUGAAGGAGCCAGUUCUCUGGAGGUGACUAUUCUGUGCACCUCGGGCUCCGCCAGAGUUUGUUAGAAGAUGUUUGGCUAAUCAUUCUACUGUUUUCUUUACCUUGUACACAAGAAUAUUCAUUUGUAUAAAGGAAAAUAACUGAUAAAUAUUUAUAAAAUAAUGAAUCUGGACCACAGGCUUUCUUCACCUUGUAUAGUAGACUGAAGAAUCAUGUCCGAUAAUUUUGGGGCUCUUUUGUUUUUUUUUUUUCUUUUUUCUUUUUCUCAAAAUGUGUGUUCUCUUUAUUGCAUCAAGUGGAUUUGAAAGAAAAUGUUUUGUGCCUUUUGUUUGCUUGUUUUUUUAAACAUGCCUCUGUGAUAGUAAAGAACUGUGUUUCUAGUUAGUUCUGUUGUCUCUGUUGAAUGGCAGAGGACACUGCUGGCAAGGGGAAGCAGAAGCGAGCGCAUAGUGUCUCAGAAUCCUGUGGACUCAUGGAUCCCUCCCAGCUUGCUCAGGCCCUCCAUCUUGGUGGUGCAUCUCGAGAUGCCCAUAUGUUGUAGCUAACGGUCCAGCAGGCACAGAUUAUCAGGGGCUAGCUCUGUGUAUCUCUCUCAUGCCCCCUCCCGUAUACUUUCCCAAGUGUAAAAGGUACUGCAAGCUUAUCACACUAUCUGGGUGAGUUUACCCCACAGCUUCCCCCAGGUGACACAGCUGCCCUUUGGGGAGCAGCGUAGAGGUGGUUGGGAGCAUACACGCAUGCCUUCUGUUCUUGAGGACUAGAGGGCCUUGCCCAGGCCGGGCAUUUGCAUUGCUGUGCUGCUGGGCCCACCCACCUUACAGACACUGUCAGAAGUUUCUUUUCAGGUUAUGGAAAAGCCCUUUCAAGCUUGUAAGAAAAUAGUCUCCCUGUAUUUGAGAGGGUGUGGGAUACAAAAACAUUAACAAUACUUGGAUAGAGGCUGCCACCUGGUCUUUGGAUGAUAUUUAUAAUCUUAUUGCAGCCCACUGUUUAAAAUUUGCUAUAAUCAUUGUCUUCUGCUUCAAAAAUACUAAUAGAGUUUAUAGGUUUCAGAGCAAUAGAGUGACUUUGAAGUAAAAAUAUGACCAUUCUUUCUUGGCAUUUCAAUUAUUAUGAUUGAAAUACUAAUAAUUCCAGUUUUGAAAAGAAAAUGUUGAGCAUGGUUUAGAGUAUUACAACAGCACUACUAAUCUGCCGUUUGCUCGCUCCCGAGGCGUUGGAAGAGAGGUUCACAUUUGGAUUUAGCACGUGCUAAGUACAUUAAGGGAGUGUGUUGUAGUUAGUCAGAGGGGUGUGGAAGGCACCUUGCUUGCUGAAGCUUACUCAACUCCAUGACCUAGAGAAUGAGCAGGUCAUUAAUAAGUCCAGGACCACUUUCUCCCUUUAAAAUGUAACUUGAAACCUUCUUGUAACUCUUCCUGUCACUGGCCAGCACCUAGGACAGAAACAGCUCGCUGCAUCCUGGUGUGGUUGCAACCAAAUGUUGCCACAUUCAUGUGGUGAAUGCCUUAAAUCUCUUGGCUGGUGAAGGACUGGGAACAAUGCUAGAGAAGGUCAAACCUGAGGUCCGCAGCUUUGACUCUGGGUCUCCAAAUUAGCAAGAAACAGAGGCAGAGAUGGAGUUAGUUGUGGAGAUGCUUGUGUUCAGAAUGCUGUUAUCAUGACUUAUUUCUGGAUUUGAUCAAGCCCUCUUUAGGAACUCUGUGACGUCAGACCAGAAUUUCCUUUGUCCAAUGAAAUGUCAUUUUAAGGCAACAUGCCGGAUCUUGAACACUCACUGUGGGUGAGUGAUCUUAUUAUAGUUCUCUGCCCUACGCCUGCCUUCCAGAAAGAAUGUUAACCUAGCAUGCCACACUGAAUCACUUUGCAUUUAAAGCAACAGUCCUAACAGUGAAGUGGUAUUAAUUAAUCACUGCAAAAUUUGCAAAACUACAUAUUAGAUGUUUUGUUUGUUUUUGUUUCUAAAUUGUCUACAAUUGCUGACAUCACAGCAGGCAGGGUAUGUGAUGAAUCAUGGUGGUCUAACUUUAUCAGAGAGAGAGAGAGAAGUGUCUGUGAUGAGCGUGGGAAUUGGACGUGCUGGCUGAUUAAUUUCCAGUGUUUCAAACUGCGUGUAACUUACUCUCUAACCUGCAUGGUAAUAGUGUUCUUUGCUGGAGAGAGAGUGUGCCAGCUGGUUACAGUACUCUGUCUGUCUUUUAAGCAGGGAUAUGUUCUUUUUAUAGAUAUAUGUUGAGCUCACAUUUAGGGUAGCAGAAGGAAUUUUGACAUUUGCAGCCCUCCCACAAGCAGCCUGAGCAAGGUUUGUUCAUUCAGUGAGGAAGGCUGGGUUCCCCGGAUGGAAAGAAAGCGCUACACAAGGAUUUUAGAAUAUUUGACAAGGGCUUGUCUCUAGGAAAAUACCUUUGGGUGGAACAGAAAGGUUGUUCUGGGCUUUUAGGUCAUUGUCUUCCCUUUCAGAAAACCACUCUUAGAGAGCUGGAUGAAGUCAGUCCAGCUGCUCUUAUGGCAGUUGGACCAUGGCCUUUGAGAGUCUAGAAUUGGACCAAGAACCCGUGCCCUUCCAGCGGCAUGAAAACGGAGAUCAGAGAGAGUGUGGUAAGGCCAGGGAAUGGCCAAGCACUGUGGGUCUUUUCUGUCGUGUUGACCAAGAUCUUUUAAACAGUUUCUAUUUAAAACUUGUAACAGAGUAGGAGUUGGAUUGGGUUUUUUGUAAACAGAAAUAAUCCUCCCUGAGUUCUCGCCUGGUAAGAGCUGUUCCUGGUAAGCAGGCAGGUUGUGGGGUGGCCCGCGCUCACUUGUCAACAGGCUGCAUCACGAGCCUGUUGACAAGAUUACUGAUACUCAGCAGCAGUGAGCAUCAGAGCUGCUUGCCAACUCUAUUGUCUAUGCUAUCAUUGGAUAUCCUCAUCCGAGCAGCCAUCCCAGAGACAAAGACCCAGUUAUGUAUAAGAUUAGCUCAUUCAGAAUGUCCCGAGAAAACAGAAUUCAGCAUUGAACUCAGAAUUUCAGUUAAAAAAAAAAAAUGCGCCGGGUGGUAGUGGCGCACACCUUUAAUCCCAGCACUUGGGAGGCAGAGGCAGGCGGAUUUCUGAGUUUGAGGCCAGCCUGGUCUACAGAGUGAGUUCCAGGACAGCCAUGGCUAUACAGAGAACCCUGUCUCGAAAACAAACAAACAAACAAACAAACAAAAAACCCUUUUGGGCAAUAAUGACCAAGGUAUGCAGGAAUCCAUGUGUCUUUUGCCUUCCUGCCCAAUGGUGCAUUGGAUAGUAACUGAAGAAAACUGCUUUUGUGAGUGAGGUUUCAUAUUCUAUGCUAAGAACAGGCAACAGGGACUGUGUGGCUGGGGGUUUAACUUGGUGCCUUUAUGGGUAGACUUUCUGUAGUCUUCUGAAACAAGAGUAUAAUUUCUUCCCAGAUAUGUAAAAACUACCACUGGAGCAGGUGGGGUAUGUUUGCAACAAAGAAUGAAAAGGAUACCAGAGAUGAAGAAAAAGAAGAUAUAAAAUCUCUCCCCUUUCAGGUUCUUUUAGUUGUAGUUGGCCUGCAUAGGACUUGCAGUGUUAAUGUAGAAUUCAUUUACUCUGCUUCCAUGUGCUCUGUAUAUUUACACGUUUGCUAUGUACACCUGUUCUCUAUGUAUAUAUGAUAUGGUAUCUAAUGGAGUUUACUCUUGAUUAUCAGCCAGGUAGCAACCCUCUCUAGCCUGUUGCUUUGUGUGGACUUGGUGUACCCAUGGCCCACAUAUAAAGCCACUUCCCCACCUAGAGCCCUAACCUUUCCCCUCCAGGUCAUCUCAGUCCUGAGAAAGCCCUCGAAGUAGAUCACCUUCCACUUCCCUUACACCAGGGAACUGUGAGCCAGAAAGACUGGUUUCAAGAAUGCUGGCUAUUAUCUUUGGUUUCUGGGUCAGCCAGGCCCUCUUGGCUAGGAGGCAGCCUUGGGAGCAGUGUGCCUGUGGGCUCCGUCUGGGAGAUACUAAUCUUGAUGACGCAGAGCUUCGUGCUUGCUUCAUUUACUGGAGUGUUGCAAGUCUUGUGACUAGAGGUAACGUAGAAUAUUCUGGGUAGUUUGAAUGUGGGUUUUGCCUUAUCUGUGUUGCUGUUUCCCCGUCGUUAGUCUAUAUAAUCAAGACCUGUUUCUUGUCACGGGAUUCUAGAAACCUUGACCUUACAACUGGAUUUAUGUUCGUGUCUGCUGCUAUGGACUCCAAAGGUUAGAGCAGUAGGUUUUAGUUUUCAAUUGUUUAAUUCUUUAUUGAUAAAUAUUUAUUGUAAUAAAAAAUAAAUAAUUUUUAAA